ACUUUAGCAGCUCUUCUAUUUCUCUGCUAUUGCUUCCAAUUCCUGCACUCCUCAUCCUCUCCAGACAAUGGCCUCCCUCGCUCUCCGCCGCUCCGCCCUCACCACCACCACCACCUCCAAAUCCAUCAUGACCUCCUCCUCCCCGGCACAACGGCUCCAGGCCGUGCAACGACACUUCAGCAGCACCUCCCCACGACCAAAAGAGAUCCAAGAAGCCUACAUCCUCUCCGCCGUGCGAACGCCCACCGCCCUCUUCAACGGCUCCUUCAGCAGCGUCUCCGCCCCUCAACUCGGCGCCACGGCCAUCAAAGAAGCCAUCAAACGCUCCUCGAUCCCCCAAGAAAAGAUCUCCCACGUAUACAUGGGAAAUGUCAUCUCCGCCGCCGCGGGACAAGCACCAGCUCGACAAGCCGCCAUAUUCGCCGGUCUGCCGUCCAGCGUGGAAGCGACGACGAUCAAUAAAGUGUGUGCGUCGGGGAUGAAAGCUGUGGCGAUUGCGGCACAACAAGUCGAGUUGGGACAGGAAGAGGCGUUGGUGGCGGGAGGAAUGGAGAACAUGAGCCGGGUACCGUAUUAUACCCCUCGAGGACCGCAAUUGCCUGCUUUCGGCAAUUUGUCCAUGGAAGACGGACUGAUGAAAGAUGGACUGUGGGAUGUGUACAACAAUAUCCACAUGGGCAACUGCGCGGAGUCUACGGCGAAGAAGUACGACAUUUCUCGGGAGGAGCAGGAUGAGUACGCCGUGUUGUCGUUCAAGCGGGCACAAGAAGCGUGGAAGAACAAGCUGUUCGACGAGGAGAUCGUGCCGGUCGUGGUCAAGGGGAAGAAGGGCGACACGACCAUCUCCGAAGACGAAGGCUACAACCGCCUCAAACCUGAAAAGGUCGCCACCCUCAAACCUGCAUUCGAUCGUUCUGGAAAUGGAACAGUCACAGCUGCGAAUGCUUCUUCAAUGAACGACGGUGCGUCCGCGUUGGUGAUUACGAACAAGGAAUUGGCGAAGAAGUACGGUGGCGGCAAGCGUGUUCUCGCGCGAAUCGUGUCAUACGCGGACGCGGCAGUGGACCCCAUUGAUUUCCCCGUGGCGCCGGCCAAGGUCGUGCCGAUUGCGUUGGAACGUGCAGGAAUCACAGCGGAUCAAGUCAAGGUGUGGGAAUUCAACGAGGCGUUUGCGGCGGUGGUGAAGGCGAAUGCAAAGAUCCUCAACCUCGGAAUCGACAACGUCAACCCCCGCGGCGGAGCGAUUUCUCUCGGCCACGCGCUCGGCAGCUCUGGAGCGAGAAUUCUGGUCACAUUACUGCAUCAACUGAAGAAGGGCGAGUAUGGCUGCGCAGCGAUUUGCAACGGUGGUGGAGCGGCGAGUGGUAUGGUGAUUCAAAUGGUGGACGCGGAGGAUUUGUAG